AUGUCCUCCUCUGACGUCCAAGUUGAAGCCUCUAAAGAUGUCUGGUUUCGCCUCUCUGUUCCCAACGUUGACAAACACGAGGAACAACAAUCGUUGCCCCUGAUUGUGUACUUCCAUGGCGGCAGAUUCACCUCUCUCAGUCCAGAUUUGAAGGCAUGCUUCCUCGCCGGAGACAACACCGACAGAAACAUCGCGCACCACAUAACCGUCAGAGCACUGAAUUUCGUCACCGACUGCGAGACUCUGAACCUAGCCGGACAACUGUCACUACAGCCGUUCUUCUGCGGCGAAGAGCGGACGGAGUUGGAGCUCCGGCUGAGGAAAGCUACGAUGCUUACUCUGGAAGGUACGGAUAGGAUGUGGAGGACUUUUUGCCGGACGGAUCUAACAUGA